UCUGACUCAGACAGUCAAAAGCUAGAACCGUUUCGAAGGAUUGAGAUGCACUUGUCUCUGUAUUCGCGCCUUUCGUUUGGCAAGUGGAUACAAGCGAUGGAAAUAUUUGGGGUUUAAUGCCAAACUCCGCAGUGCGCUAAAAACAGAAAUUCAAUAAGAGACUCAGCGGUGUUCUACGGAGUCUUUGUGGUUCUUACUUGGCAACUAGGUAUCUAUAAAGACUAGUAUAGCCUUUUUCUGCUGACUCUUUAUCUCUUUAUAUUCAUGAAAUUCUGAUCACAACACACUGUUCUUCUGAAUCGUCUUUACUUGCCAUCUUGAUCCAUUAUCGGAGUCGAAAGUGGCAAUAGGAUAGCACCUCAAACUUUCAGCAAAGGCGAUCAAUCCAAUUGCAAUCAUGGGCUCUCUCGGUUCCGACGCAAAGCUACCAUGGAUCCGGACACCCUGUCUCUUAAAUCCUCAACUGUCCCGCGUUGCAGGCUGCAAUGUUUAUCUUAAGCUUGAGAAUCUUCAACCCUCGGGCUCCUUCAAGUCCCGCGGCAUUGGUAACCUUAUGACCCAAGCAGCAGCCGCUGCCACAGGUCCUGUCCACUUCUACUGCUCCUCUGGCGGCAACGCUGGUCUGGCAUGUGCAACUUCUGCCAUUUCUCUGGGCCAAAAGGCGACUAUUGUCAUUCCUACCAUAAUUACUGAGCUCAUGAAGGGCAAGCUUCUUGAUCUCGGGGUGGAAGUACACCAAAAAGGCAGGAAUUGGGCUGAGUGCGACAAGUAUAUGCGUGAGGAGCUAUUGGCAAAUGAUCCCGUGGGCAUUUACGUCCCGCCUUUCGACGAUCCUCGGGUUUGGGAUGGUGCAGCGACUAUGGUUGAUGAGAUCCGAGAUCAGCUCCAAGAGCCCAUUGAAGGGAUUGUCUGUAGUGUCGGAGGAGGCGGUUUGAUCAAUGGUCUGAUGCAAGGCGUCGAGGGCCGUCCUUGGCAAGAUAAGAAACCAGCUGUUGUGGCCGUCGAAACGAAGGGAGCCGACAGUCUCAACGCAAGUGUCCUUGCCAAAGAACACGUAACACUGCCUGAGAUGACCUCGAUCGCAACGUCUCUAGGCGCCACUAGAGUGUCAGAGCAAACUUGGAAAUGGAGCCAGCAUUCUUCAGGUACUAUGAAGAGUCUCGUUGUGUCUGAUGCCGACGCUGCCAUCAGUGCCGUGCGCUUCGCCGACGAUGGGCUCCAUCUGGUUGAAGUCGCAUGCGGUGCUGCCCUGGCCCCUGCUUAUCGUGGGGACUUGAGAAGGGUGCUUGGCCAGGGCCUUUCCGAUGAGGAAUGGAGUAUGAAGAACGUGGUGAUCGUGCUUUGUGGUGGCUCGAACGUUACUUUGGGCAUGCUGAAUGAAUAUCGGGAUAAGUAUCGAGGGGAGUCCUUGAUCAAGAUCUGAGAGAGUCCCAUUGAACAUAUACAUAUACACAUAGAAUCUCGUACGGUAGUAAACAAAUAGCCAGUUC